AUGGCUCUUGUACUACUAGCCCAACGGGCUCAUGUCAGACGUCGCCGACGCCAUCCUCAGGAACGUGUUUUUAGGGCACGUACACAGUUCUUGAACUUCCCAGAGGAAGUGGUUUUGCAGCGCUAUCGCCUUCAUCCAGCCCUGAUCCGCGAUUUGUGCCACUUGCUAGAAUGUGACCUACAGCCCUCUACUGGACGCUCACAUGCCCUUCCUGUUUAUGUCAAGGUGACAGCUGCCUUGGAUUUCUACACAUCUGGUACAUUCCAAACAUCAGCAGGUGAUGCUGCAGGAAUCAGUCAAGCCAGUAUGUCUCGCUGUGUUACACAGGUCACUGAAGCCAUAGUACGUCGUGCACACAAAUUUAUCCAGUUCCCAAAGGGCAUUAUUCAACGUAAGGCAGCAUCAUGUGACUUUCAAACAAUUCAUGGGUUCCCAGGAGCAGUAGGAGCUGUAGGUUGUACUCACGUGGCAUUAAAGCCUCCUUCUGAUCAUGAAAGUCAAUAUCGCAACCGCUGGCAUUACCAUUCCAUGCAUAUGCAGGCUGUGUGUGAUGCAAGAGGAGCAAUGUCACAUAUAGUAGCAGAGUAUCCAGGCUCUGUGUCAGAGGAGGACAUUUUGGGACAAUCCAGCUUAGGAGGCAUGUUUCAAAACCAAAGCGAAGAUGAAAAAGUUUGGCUUGUAGGAGGACGCAGUUACAUCCAAAGGCCCUGGCUGAUGACCCCAAUAGACGAUCCUCAGACUCCAGCAGAGUUAAGAUACAAUUCCUCACAUGCAGCAGCACUCAGUGUGGUAUCAAAAGCUUUCUGCAAUCUCAAGUCAAGGUUCCGAUGCCUAGCCCGACAUGGUGGAUCACUUCAAUACAGUCCUGUCAAAGUCAGCCAGAUCUUUACAGCCUGUUGUGUCCUGCACAAUAUGGCAUUAGGUUUUAGCACAGAUAUACCAGUAGAGGAAAGAGAAGAAGGAAGUGAGAGAGAGGCUGGCGAGGAAGGCAACAAAGAAUCACAGCAGACAAGGAAACAGCUAAUACAUAGGCAUUUUAACGAGAGGUGA